UCUCCGUCACAAGUGAAUGAGGGGCAGAGGAAGUGUCUGCUCAGUUGCUGGAGCCUGCCCAGGAACCAGCCUCACACCAUUUGGGGACGCAGCUGAGCGUAGCAGCCCCUUGGCAAGGCAGCGGUGCUCCCCGGGUCCCCAGUCAUGUCCUGGCAGCUCUCUGCAGUGGUGGUGCUCUUCGUGUCCCUGGCCGUGAUCCUGCAUUAUGGUGGUCACAUGAGAGCCAAGCUGUUUCCAGAAAUCUCAGACUCUUCUCCAUCCACAACAGCAGCAACAGUACAGGCCCCAGCAAAACCUUCUCUCCUGCAGCCCACUAACCAUGUGCCUCACAAAACUUCAGCAACAAGAUCAACGGAUGGUCAUGUCACCUCUCAAAUAGCUUUCACAACCUCCAACUCUGAGACCCUGACCACCCACACAACCAUAAAAAUUCCAGCAACAACUUCCCUGGUAACUACAAACAGCACCUCAUCUACCAGCCCAAUAACCCACACCCUGGUCACAACCCUGGCCGUAACCAACAAGUCACACACAACUUCAGUCACUGAGGCUACAGUCGGUCCCAGCAUGGGUCCCAGUUCAUCACCACCUACCAUCACCCCACCAGCCCACACAACUGGAAACAGGCCCUCGACUGUCAGCCACACCACUGGGAAAACCACCCAACCCAGGAACCAGACCAUCCUUCCAGCAACUCUGUCUGCCUUACCACACAACAGCACAACUAGUCGGAAGCCUACUCUACCCACCAGCACCCCAGGUCCAACCACAACCACAAAUAAUACCACCCAAACAGCCUCACCUGCCCCCACAGCUCCAGGGCCCACCCUUGCACCUCAGCCGUCAUCACCCAAGACUGGAAUUUAUCUCGUUCUAAAUGGAAGCAGGCUCUGUAUCAAAGCAGAGAUGGGGAUACAGCUGACAGUUCAAGAUUCAGGGUUGGUUCUUUCACGCCUAAGAUACUUCAGCAUCGACCCCAAUGCAACUCAAGCCUCUGGGAACUGUGGCUCCCGAAAAUCCAACCUUCUCUUGAACUUCCGGGGCGGAUUUGUGAAUUUCACAUUUACCAAGGGUGAAAACUCCUAUUAUAUCAGUGAAGUGGGAGCCUAUUUGACUGUCUCAAAUCCAGAGAAGGUUUACCAAGGAAUGCAAAAUGCUGUGGUGAUGUUUGAGACUGUGGUUGGGCAUUCCUUCAAGUGUGUGAGUGAACAGAGCAUCCAGCUCUCACCCCACCUUCAACUGAAAACAACGAAUGUCCAACUUCAAGCCUUUGAUUUUGAAGACGACCACUUUGGAAAUGCGGAUGAAUGCUUCAGUGACAGAAACAGGAGAGAAAUCCCUGUGGCUGUGGGCCUGAGUAUUGCAGGGCUGCUUGGCGUUCUGCUAACAGCAUGCCUGGUGACCAGAACGAGGCCCAGUAGAGGAUAUGAACACAUGUAAAGCCCUACCUUUUUCAAAAGGUGCAAGGUUAUGGCCUUGGAAAUUCUGGCUGCAUGUUUAGCCCUAAGUGAAGGGAUGGACUUUUCCAGUCGCCUGCUCCAUUCUCCCAAUCUGAUUAGGAAACUAGCUCUCCACCAAAGGGCCAUCAAAGGCUAACUCUACUGUAGCCCCUACCCCACUUCUUCCCAUUAGGGUGACGAGGUUGUGCCGUAUGGGCUUGGAUGCCGUGGCCCACACCUGAUAACACAGGCCAGGCGGAGACAAUUAGGGACAAGAGGUAGGGAUGCGAGCAAGGUCCUUGUGAGGAGAAAGCAAACACCCAAAGGGAGGAUUGUGGGAAAGACGUCUUCAAACUGCACUGAUUUUUCUUACACAUUUUUAAGAGUCUCAAUAUCCAGUUUCUUUUUUUAAAAAGUAUUAAAGAAAAACCAAUCCAUUUCAAAAUAAAUUGUAAAAUGAUUUUAAACACCUGGUUUUUGCCCAAUUCCUGAUUUACUUAAAUUACCAAUGGUCUUGAUAGACUAUCAUUUUUUUAAAAAGACAUAUUCUACACUAUUAUAGUAUAUUAUUAGUAGAAAACUUCCCACCAUUCCACCUUUUCUUUUUUCUAAAGGGAUGUGCUGGGGAUUGAACCCAGGACCUCAUGCAUACCAAGCACACACUCUACCACUGAGCUAUACCCUCCCCCACCAACAUUUCCUUUUUUUUAAUGUGAAGGACAUACCAAAGAUCUUGGCAAACAAAAGAGACUUAAUAAAUGUUAGUUCUCCAUUUCCUUGAGUUUCAUUUGUUAUCUGCCUUCUUGACACCUUUUUCCUGUUUUGUCUCUGUUUUUCUUUGAUUUCAGUUUAUCCCUGUAGACCUGUUAAUUUGAGCCAUUGGGAAGCAGAGGUAGGCAAAGCAUCAAAACAAUGAGAAACGGCAAGCAGAAGAGGUAGAUCUACCCAGGUUGUUGUCCACUUGACUUUUAGAACAACAUUUACCAAAAAAACUGUAAACCAGAAAAUUCCUGAUUGGGAGUGGUUGUUGUUGGGAGGAGAAUUUCUAUUAAGCUGUUGCUUGGAAUGUUAUUCACGGUUUUCUAGUCCAUGGACUGCUUACAUAUGAGAACCAGGGUUUUUAUUUCAGAGGAAGGGGAGAGUAACAGACUUCUGGGUGUUUUUAACUGCUUUUACCAACAGAAAGUUUUCUUGUCUUUCUACACUUUCCAGAGGUGCCAUUCAUUAUUUUUAACAGGAAGUUUAUGAAAGGUUGGCGACCACUCUAUAACCACUGCUUACCUAGGAUGUGUACUGGUUCCUUUGAGGCCUUUCAGCUCUCUCCACUUUCUGAGGAGUGAGUAGGGGGAGGGCAUGCGGCUGCUUCAAGAGUGCUUCAAGAGUCCUUGAAGACGGCUGGAGUGUGAGGACAUUCCUGUUUCCUCCUUGCAGCAAGAGGUGUUGGUGCAAAUCUGGGAUGUGAGGACCCAGUGUUCCCCAAAGUGACUUGGGUUGAGCAGCAAGGACUUGGCUUUGGAGAGAUACCAUCUGUCUCCAUAUCCUCCCUCUAGCAGGCACCAACCAGUGCCCGCUCGAGACUCCCAUUUCCAGUUCAGCCUCAAGUGUACUUGGAAGGUUCUAUACCGCAGCGCACGGGCAGCUUAUUCACAGGUGCCGCUCACCAUCCUGUAGAAUGACUAGAGGAAGGUUGAUCUUCUAGUGUGGACGUUUCUCCCAUAGCAGAUGCAAAAAGCAGUGGAUUGAAAUCAGGAAGAGUGGGAUAAGGCAGGUCACUUGAGGUUAGUUUUCCACUCUACCAUCUUCAGUGAGUUCUUUGGAGUGACGGCUGGCUUAGACUCCUGUGAUCUACCCCUCCUGCCCCCCAUGCCAAAUGUCUUUAAAGUGACUUUGAAUUAACUAAAAAGAGCUCAAGUUUCAUCUGAAUGACUAGUAAACAACUGCGCUAUCCUCUCGCACUUCUGCUUACUGUCUACAGGGAGUCCCGAGAGGGUCCCUGCGGGGAAAGUGCUGGGAUUGAGACUUCAAUAAACUGGGUGCUGGAAGAGGCCCCUCCGCCCCCAGGGUUGUCUCUUCCCACGGAAGCUCCAGUGGCUGAGGGGCUGUUGUCGCUUUCUGAGGGUGGGCCAAAGGCUGCCACUCCGGACUCCGGAAGAUCCCUCACAAAGGGGCCUCUGAUCUUCUCUGGCGGCGCUGUCCCUUUGCCAUUGGCUCUCCUGCUGUUUUCUGAUCCUGCUAGUUUCAACUCAGUUACUCUCUUCUGCUGAUGGUGGAACUCCUGAAUUCACCCCUUUCUCUGCAACCAACCUAGAGAUAAUGGAAACCUUCACUAAUGCCCACCUGGAGAUAACCUAUCCAUUGUUCAUUUUGAUGUACCCUUGAACAAGGCUGGGCAUUGGGGCACCCACCCUCCAGCAGUUGAAAAUCCGUGUCUACCAGAGUUGGCCCCCUUUCCAGUGGUUCCCUCUAUACCUGCUUUCCUCAACCACCUUCGGAGAGAGGAGUACUGUAGUAUUUAAUACCGAAAAAUUCCAACUAUCAGUAGACCCAGCAGUUCAAACUGGUGUCCUUUGAGGGUCAACUGUAUUUCCUUCUCAUGAAUAUUGUUUUACAAACUGGAGGCACACAGAGGACACCAUUUGGCAUCCUUUUCACCUGUGCACUGUAAGUAUCUCUCCGGGCUCCUAAAGGUGCAAAGUGUCAUUACCAUGACUGCUAUCCCGAAUGUGCUCUCAACAUUAUAUAGUUAUUUACUUAACUCUUCUGUUUUUAUUGGGAAUGUUUGUUGUUUCUAGGUUUUCACAAUUAUAAUGUGAAUAAAGAAUUAUGUGAUGAAUUCUAUACAAAACAAACAUUGAUUGACAAAUGCGUA